CCUAUAAUAAAAGGGUUAUAUGAGCAUCAGAGAAGCUGUCCACGUAGGACAAUUAAAUCAGCCAAUCAGGAGAUUUCUUUUUGACACGUCAUCAAGCUCAGCUCCGUUGCUUUGGUUCUUCUUCACGCCUUUCGCGAUCCUAGAGGCGAUAGAUUCGACGUUUCCCUUUUCAAUUUUUCCAGAUCCCAUUUUGCUAGAUCAAAUCGUGAAACCCUUUGCUUUUCCUCUCUUAAUCCACGUUAUCCGGUGAUCCUAAAAGAAGUGUUAUUCUAUCUCGAAGGAUUCCGAUGAGAUCUAAACGCAGCGAUGGAGGUCUGCUGCAGAAAACCUUGCCGUCGCCGGCUCAACCUCCGUCUGAGAACCAGAGAACCGCGGCGGAGGAACAAAGGAGAAACGAGAAGAUCGUGAGAUUCACAGAACUGAGCCGUGGUAUCUGCACGGGUUCUAAGGGAAUGAAGGAUCGGCCGAUACGAUGCAUGACGUCUUCAGGAACGUCAGAAGGAAGAGGAGAUCAGAAGGAAUCUGGUUCUCUGGUUCUCAGACGGAGGUCAGAUAUGGAAGAGAAGAAGCUUGCAGAUAGAGUCAGCGAUGAGCAAGUAAAGAUAAUUGAAUUGAUGGUUUCUGAUGUUGAUGCGAGGGAUACCGAAGAUGAGGUCUUUGAGGAAGCUAUCGACAGUUCGAAGCCUGAAUCUUUCCAAGCCGAUGAUGGGUUACACGAGGAUUUGCCUUCAGAGGAAGUGAAAGUGCCAGAGGUUAAUGGAGAGAGCCAUGGUGAGGCAAACCUGCAACAACUAACUACGGGAGAGGCUGUACCAGGUUUUGUGACUUCCCAAAUGAAUGGUGAUGAAGGGGAAGCAGGUGCAGGGAAUGUCAGCGAGACAGCUACACUUUCUUUUUCUGAAAAUGGAAUCGUCUCCCCUGAGAAGAAAGCUGUUCUCCUCUCUUUCGGGUCAGAGAAGGAAGAGAAGAAGCUUGGAGACGAUAGAAUCAUCCAUGACCAAGUAGAGAACAAUAUAUUACUGGUUUCUGAUGUUGUCUUUGUGGAAGCUAUUGUCGGUUUCCAAGCCGAUGAUGGGUUGCACGAGGAUUUACCUUCAAAGGCAACUCAUGAACAUUCCAUGGAUGAUCUGGAAGAAGAGAAUAGCAAUGACAAGGAAGUGAAAGAUUCCAAGGUUAGUGGAGAGACCCAUGGUGAGGCAAACCUGCAACAUAUAACUGAGGGAGAGGCUGCACCAGGUUUUGUGACUUCCAAAAUGAAUGGUGACGAGGGGGAAUCAGGUGCAGAGCAGGAUGCUUUAUAAAAAAGCACAAGAAUAGAUUGAAUCAUCAAAAGCUUGAGAAUUGUGAACCAGAAAGGAAAGCAGCCGACUUUAGGUAGAGUACUCGGCCUUUCCUCAGUCUUGUGGAGAAGAAAUGGUUGGCGUUUCAGAGUGGAUCAGCACAAGAACAGAUUGAAUCAUCAAAAGCUUGAGAAUUGUGAACCAGAAAGGAAAGCAGCCGACUUUAGGUAGAGUACUCGGCCUUUCCUCAGUCUUGUGGAGAAGAAAUGGUUGGCGUUUCAGGGUAGAUGAGACAUACAAAUUUCCGUAAAAUUUUCCUUUCGCAGUGUUGUACUUUGCAUUUAGCUUGACAUUUGUACAUUAAUAAAUUGGAUUUAAAUUUACAUAAGGUUCUUUGCAUGAUAUUUCUCUCUUAUCUGUCUUUAUUUUCAUUGCAGGCUUCACUUGAAUCUGAGAUGAUAAAGCCACAACUGAUCUGAAACUCUUUGGUGUCAAUCUAAAGCUAUUGGAAGACAAUCUCCCGCUUAACAGAGUAUACAAAUUAAAAGAUGUGUCUGCUGCUCCAAUUCGUUUCUUUCAGUGACAUGAAGGGGUCGUUGGUCGGAUUUCACUGAGUAUCAAAACGAAGCUCCAAAAGCAGAAGUUACACGAUGAAGAAUCUGGAGCGAAAGACGAGGAGAUAGAGAGGAAGAUGGAGAUUGGGCAAAGGGUUUAAGCUCAGCUUGGUUGUCUCGAGGAAGAGACUAAGCGCAUUGCCUUGAUCCGUGAGAAGCUUAGCAUGAUAACGAGUAGAAAGAAGUUACAUUGGUCAGGAAGAAGAUUGAUUUUGUCAACAAAGAAUUCUCAACAAGCCAAUCUGUAAAGCUACCACCACCAGCAAAGAAUCCUCAAGGUUCCAAAAAAGAGGAGAUUGAGUAGCCAAAUCCAGGUUGAAGAGAAAAUUGAUGAAAUCAGACUGUGGUGGAACAUCCUGAGGAAUUAAAACAAAUUGAUAGUAAUCAGAAUAGUAGUUCGGGAGUAAGCUACAAGCAAGCUACUAAAUCUGCGACAGCAAGCUGAGGCUACAUGGCACUUCUUCCCCUCGGCAACAAGGGUCCGAGAAAACCACUAGACGUUACUCGCUACCAUAUUCAGGUAAUAAUGCAAGAGUUACUUCUGGUUUUUCUGAAACAACAGGAGUCUCAGACUCGGGCGGCAACACCAUCUUUUAUCCUAUGCAAAUAUGUUUCUCCGGUUACCUGAUCAUAUAAAUUUGUUUCUGUGUUGUGCGAGCAGACAAAUCUUUAAACAUGAACAUGUUUUUUUUAGAAUUGAAUAUGAACAUGUUACCAACGCCUUA